UUACAAAUUACUGUCAAAACGUUGUUAGACUUAGGUUAGUUUUAAAAUUUAAUGCUAUUUUAUUUAUCGUCAAGAAGAUAUAUUUCACUCGGUGAACAUAUUAGAAGAAUGGGUAGACGAAACAGAAAUGUUAAUAAAUUCGCACAACGCAAAAGAGAACGGAAAGAACAGGAAAAAAAUCCACAACAAAAACCGGCCGACACGCGAAAGCAUUAUGAAGAUAUUGUGCGUGAAAAUGCAAUCUUCGAAGAGUAUUAUAAGGCGCAGAAAGUUUGUCCUGAUGAUCAAUGGGACGACUUCAUGAGAGCUAUCAAGAAAGAUUUGCCAACAGCAUUCAGAAUAACGGGCUCCAAAUGUGAAACAGAUGCGCUACUCAAUAUAGUUAAGAGCCAAUAUUUUUCAGAGAUAUUAAAUCAUAAACUUAAAUUGGAUGAUGAGAAAGAAGAAGAGGAAAUCAAACCUGUUAACUUGCCGUGGUAUCCCGGAGGUCUAGUGUGGCAACUGCCAGUAUCUCGCACACAUAUCCGUCGGAAUGAACCACUCUAUCGUCUCCAUAACUUUUUAGUGGCCGAAACAGAAGCGGGCGGUGUUUCACGUCAAGAGGCUGUAUCUAUGAUACCGCCUGUCGUGUUACAAGUUGAACCUCAUCAUAAGGUAUUAGACAUGUGUGCUGCACCGGGCUCCAAGACUGCACAACUCAUUGAGUUCUUACAUUCCGAUGAAGACAAAAUGCCUACAGGUUUCGUAAUGGCCAAUGAUGUCGACAACAGUCGCUGUUACAUGUUGGUGCACCAGGCGAAGAGGUUGAACUCACCCUGCAUCAUCAUCACCAACCAUGACUCCGCAGUGUUGCCGUCACUGGUUGUGAGUGAUGAGGAGAACCCGGGUGCGACGAAGCCGCUUAAGUUCGACCGCGUUCUGUGUGAUGUUCCAUGUUCCGGAGACGCCACCUUGAGGAAGAACCCUGAUAUAUGGACGAAAUGGUCGACCGGAAACGGAAAUAACUUACACGGUAUUCAGUAUAGAAUCCUCCGUCGUGGCGUUGAGUUGCUGUCUGUGGGCGGAAGACUGGUCUAUUCCACCUGUUCCUUCAACCCUGUGGAGAACGAGGCCGUGGUGCACAGAAUCCUCCAGGAGACCGGCGCCAGUGUGACCCUCGUGGAUGUACAGGAUCUACUGCCCGGACUAAAGUUCCAUAAAGGCAUGACACAUUGGCGGCCGGCGUCUAAAGACAUGGUGUUCUACAACAGUUAUGAUGAGGUUCCAGAGAAGUGGCAGACGGUGGUGAGGCCGCAAAUGUUCCCUCCCAAAACUGAAGACUUGGACAAAUAUAAUCUGGAUAGAUGUAUAAGAAUUCUGCCUCAUCACCAAGAUACUGGAGGGUUUUUCGUGGCAGUGUUUGAAAAAACCGCCCUCCUGCCAUGGGAGAAGGACCCAACCAAGAAACCGGAUGUGGCAGCCGAUGAACCGGCAGAGGAACCGGAAAAGAAGGAACCACCAAAGAAGAGAAGAAGAAUGGGAGGAUAUAGGGAGGAUCCUUUUGUAUUUUUCUCCGGUGAAAAUGAAGAUGUGUUCCCUUCUAUCAAGGAAUUCUACGAUCUUGAUACAAAAUUCGACCCUACCUGUCUCUUGACGAGAUGUCAUGUUGGGAAAAAGAAGAAUAUUUACCUGGUGUCAGCCAUGGUGAAAGAAGUUGUACAGAAAAAUGAGAAUAGUAUUAAGAUUAUAAACACAGGCGUGAAAACAUUUGUUAGGUGUGAUAAUAAAAAUAUGAAGUGCCCAUUCAGACUAUCUCAAGAAGGUCUUCAGAGUAUAGCCCAGUACAUCGGUCCAAAACGACGCGUGACCAUUCUUAAGGAGGAUCUCAUACUAAUAUUACAAUGUGACAACCCUAGCAAACCCCCAGAACUAAAACUGUUCACAGAACACACUCAGAAUAUGGUGAAAGAUUUCGCUACUGGUAGCUGCGUGUUGGAGUUUAAGGACACGUCAUCAGGGUUGUCACUCCGCCUGGUCGGUUGGCGAGGUGUUCACUCUCUACGCGCGUACACCGCCGCCCCUGACACCGUGCACUACCUAAGACUGUUGGGAGCUGACUACAGCAAAUAUGAUGUAAAUAAGUUCAAGAAGGCUGCAGAAGUCCCCAAGGAUGAUAGUAUUGAGGGUAGCGGAACAGCCUCUACCAGUGAAAAUGAUCCCAACAAGACCAACGCUAUGGACACUGAAGAGGGAAUGAAUGUAACAUGACAAUAAUAUUGUUAUUAAUAAAUGUUUUAUACAUACA